AUGGACGCGUCUCCGCAGAAGAUGUACGGCCUGUACUUAGAAGCAGUGAACGAUUACAUCAACGAGUCCUACGGGGGGGACGUGUGGAGGCUGAUCGAGAACCGGGCGGAGAUCCCUCACCUCAAGUUCGUCAGACAUCAGAUGUACAAUGACAACCUGAUCCUCCGCCUGGCGAAGGCCGCCGGCGAGGUUCUGGGAAAGACCCACGACGAGCUGAUGUACGCCUUCGGGGUCUACAUGGUGAAGAGGAUCGGGAACUACGGAUACGAGCGGAUCCUGAAGGUGUUGGGUCGAAAUGUGCGCGACUUCAUCAACGAGCUGGACAACCUGCACGAGUACUUCCGCUUCUCUUUCCCCAAAGUGCAGCCGCCCAGCUUCUGCGUGGAGGAGGAGUGUGAGACCAGCCUCACGCUUCACUACCGCAGCACGCGCAAGGGCUUCACCCAGUUCGUCAAGGGACAGCUCUCUCAGGUGGGACGACAGUUCUACAACACGGACAUCGAGGUGGAGAUCCUGUCGAAAGAGGAGACGGAGAAGAUGACGUAUGUGGUUUACAAGAUGAACUUCGACAACGCGGCCUUCAAGCACCGCAUGCCGCAGCAGAAGACGGCGCCGAGCUACGAGAAGCUGCCGAUGAAGCGCGGCAUCUUCUUCGACAUGUUCCCCUUCAGCGUCAUCUUCCGCCGAGACAUGACCAUGUACCGGGUCGGGGACGGCCUGAAGGAAGUGUUCUCCGACCUGCAGGGCAAGAAGGUGGACGAGGAGUUCGCCCUGGUCCGACCGAUGCUGGAGUUCAGCUGGGACAACAUCUACACUCACCUGAACAACGUGUUUGAGCUGAUGUCUAAGGCCGUGGUGGAGAGCAAGCAGAAGGUCAACAUCCCCAAACUGAACAGAGAGGGCUCGGAGGAGAAGGAGGACAAGCCGAACUCCCCGGAGGAGAUGAAGGACACAGAGCAGGAGUACAGCAGCAACCCCACCCAGUACAACAGCAACGCCAACCCUGGAAUGGAGGAUAUCGAGCUGCUGGCUUUCCAGACCAUCACCGGUCAGAACCCGUUACACUUCCACCUCGUUAGCGUUAGUUCCUGCUUCGCCUACAUUCAUGUCGUGAAUCCAGGAAAGUGCAGUGAGACCAUCUUCGAGGACCUGAGGGAACCUCCGAAGAAACCUUUGCAUCUGAAGGGACAGAUGAAGUACGUCCCCCAGUGGGACUCACUCAUCUUCCUCGGGACGCCGAUCAUAGAGACGGUGGAGGACAUGAUUAAAAUGGGAGUUUACGUGAACGACCUGAACCUGCACGACUCCAGCAGAGAGCUGAUUCUGGCCGGGACGCAGCAGUCGGCCGAGCUGCAGCUGGCUCUCGAUCAGGAGCAACAAAAAUACGCUCAGCUGAUGGAAAUCAUCAAGAAGCUGGACGAGGAGAAGAAGAGAGGCGACUCCCUGCUGUACGCCAUGAUCCCCAAGGCCGUGGCCGACCGGCUCCGGAAGGGCAUCACGGCUCUGGAGACGUGUCAGGUGUUCCCAGAUGUGACCAUCCUGUUCAGCGACGUGGUGAAGUUCAACGAGAUCUGCAUCCACAUCACGCCCAUGCAGGUGGUGGACAUGCUCAACGAGAUCUACAUCGUCUUCGACACGCUGAGCGAGAAGCACAACGUCUACAAGGUGGAGACGAUCCGUGACGCCUACAUGGUCGUGGCCGGCGUGCCCAACAAAACGACCUUCCACGCACACCACACCUGUGACAUGGCGCUGGACAUGCUGAGCUCCAUCGACCACCUGAAGGACCCGUCCACCGGGGACAACAUCCAGAUCCGAGUCGGUAUUCACUCAGGCAUGGUGGUGGCCGGCGUGGUGGGCCUGAAGAUGCCUCGCUACUGCCUGUUCGGCGACACGGUGAACACGGCCUCGCGGAUGGAGAGCAACGGACAGGGCAUGCAGAUCCACAUCAGUCAGACCAGCAAGGAUCACCUGGAGCACGAGCCCUACAUCAUCGAGGAGAGGGGCAAAAUAUUUGUGAAGGGUAAAGGUUACAUGAAGACCUACUGGCUGAAAGGAAAGAAGGAUCUCUCGUUCAAGACGCCGGCGGAGCUGCGCUACAGCGGCGAGCAGAAAGACUCGGAGGAGAAGAGCUCUAACGGCUCCGCGAGCCCCAACACCAAACGCAUGGCGUCCAACCUCAACAUCGCCAAAAGCGACGACCAGGCCGAGGGCAAGCCGAGCCCCAGCGACCUGCCGCUGGACACGCUGCCGCUGCCGGAGGCCGCCGAGCCACGCAGCGUCUCGGUCGAGCCGCAGGACAAAGACAAAGCCAGAAAGACUAAGAUCAGCAAGGUGUCCCGGCUGGAGGUCCCUCAGGGAAUCGCUAUCGUGGAGGAUCUGCUGCCCGUGGACGGGCCGGAGAACCCGGCUCCUUUCCUCAACAUCAAGAGACACAGCUUCAGGCAGCAGUACGCCAAGCUGCCCGCCAACCUGCCCAUGCGCAGCGCCUCCUGCUGCAUCCUGUGA